AUGACGGAGAACUCGGACAAAGUGCCCAUCGCCCUGGUGGGCCCCGACGACGUCGAGUUUUGCAGCCCCCCGGCGUACGCCGCCGUGACCGUGAAGCCCUCCAGCCCCGCGCGGCUGCUCAAGGUCGGAGCCGUGGUCCUCAUUUCGGGGGCGGUGCUGCUGCUCCUGGGGGCCAUCGGGGCCUUCUACUUCUGGAAGGGGAGCGACAAUCACAUUUACAAUGUCCAUUAUACCAUGAGUAUCAAUGGGAAAUUACAAGAUGGGUCAGUGGAAAUAGAUGCUGGGAACAACCUGGAGACCUUUAAAAUGGGAAGUGGAGCUGAAGAAGUGGUUGAAGUUAAUGAUUUCCAGAAUGGCAUCACAGGAAUCCGUUUCGCUGGAGGAGAGAAGUGCUACAUCAAAGCGCAGGUGAAGGCUCACAUCCCGGAGGUGGACACCCUGGCCAAGCAGAGCAUCUCCUCUGAACUGGAAGGCAAGAUCAUGCCAGUUAAAUACGAAGAAAAUUCUCUCAUCUGGGUGGCUGGAGACCAGCCCGUGAAGGACAACAGCUUCUUGAGUUCCAAAGUUUUAGAACUCUGCGGCGACCUUCCUAUUUUCUGGCUUAAAGCAACCUACCCAAAAGAAAUCCAGAGAGAAAGAAGAGAAUUGGUAAGAAAAACUGUUACCACAACGACCACAAGAAGACUACACAGUGGGCCACGGGGCAACCCAAGCCCUGGGAGACCGAGCAACGAAACCAGACCCGGCGUCCAGGAGGACACAGAGCCCUUCAAUCCAGACAACCCUUACCACCAGCAGGAAGGAGAAAGCAUGACAUUCGACCCCAGACUGGAUCAUGAAGGAAUCUGCUGUAUAGAAUGCCGGAGGAGCUACACCCACUGCCAGAAGAUCUGUGAGCCCCUGGGGGGCUAUUACCCGUGGCCUUAUAACUACCAGGGCUGCCGUUCAGCCUGCAGAGUUAUCAUGCCUUGUAGCUGGUGGGUGGCCCGCAUCAUGGGCAUGGUGUGA